CAAAAUUUAUUUUUGUCGAGAAAAACUCAAACCCGUGUCUUUAAUCUUGAUGAAUUAGAAUUCUUUAUACACAUGGACAUUUAACCGCCGCUUACUUCUCUUUUCUUUUUAAAGCUUAUCAGAUGCAGCAUGAUUCUAUUCUAGGCCAUUAGGUCAAGGAAAGGGAACCCAAGAAAAAAGCAGUAAGCCAGUAGUCAGUCAGUGUCAUAACCCCAGUCCUGUCCUGGUUCGCAAUAAGGAAGGCUGGCUGCAGCGCGCGUUGCAGACAAUUACAUCGCAGAAAGAAAAGAAGCCUCCCUGAACUUGCCCGCCGCUCCGUCCUGGAUUAAAUCGUUGCACGCGGGACUUUUCUCUUCUUACUUACUUACCGUGAACCGACACGAUAAAGAGAGACGAUGUCGACUGAUAAAAUGCACCGGAGAAUCUUUGGUAGAAAGUUUGAUGUGUAGUAGAUCUAGAGAGUCUAGUAGUAGUGGUGUGAGAAGUGAAAAUAUUACGGUGCGGUUUCUCCUCGGAUAUUUCUAUUAUUUUCGUCGUCGAGGAUUUCAAUUCUGAUCUUAGGCAAGAGCUUUUCGGAAAGGAUGUUUGUGCCUAAAUGUUUGUAGUGACCACCGUUUCCUCGUCCGCUCCCAUGGCCAAAGAAGAUGGGUGCUGGCGGUGGGUCGUCGUCGUUGCUGCUUUCUUCACUCAGUUCAUUGUGUGCGGGAUUACUUACAGUCUAGGCGUGUUCCACGUCAUCUUCAAAGACAUCUUCUACGAGAGCCAUUUUGACACGUCAUGGGUUGGCUCCGUCCUCCUUUAUGUCACGGCCCUGUCCAGUGUAAUGCUGCGGUUUGUGACCUGCCAGUGGGGCUGUCGUGUGAGCGUGAUGCUGGGAGGGUUGCUGGCGGCCACGGGGCUGGGCUUGUGUAUGCUGGUGCAGGAGAUGUAUCAGCUUUACAUCACGUUUGGCCUCAUCACUGGUCUGGGCUUUGGGCUGGCCUGCUCUCCGUCCAUAGUGGCUGUGGAGCGUUACUUCGUCCACGCCAGGUUCCAGGCAUUGAGCGUCGUGGUCGCAGGCAUCGGAGCCGGCAUCAUCACUUUUCCGAUUCUGAUCCGCCACCUGCUGGUGCACUUUGCCUGGCGGGGCGCUAUGCUCAUCCUGGCGGGGAUCGCGCUCAACCUCUGCGUCUGCGGCAUGCUCAUGAAGCCAGCUAAGCACGAGAAGGAGAUGCGCCUGCUGCCCAUGCUGUCCUGCUUCCCGCUGCGACACCCGCUGUUCCAUGGCAUGUGCUUCGCCAAUCUCUUCUGGAGCUUUGGCUCCACGGUCAUCUACAUGUACCUCCCGUCGUACGCCAUGGCCGAGGGCUCCUCGUUCGAGACGGCCGUGUUCCUCGUGUCCUGUGUGGGCAUCUCCAGUUUUGCCAGCCGCAUGAUCUUCGCCUUCAUGGGACCGAACAGCACGCUGGACGAUGUGACCUCCGCCCUCUGUCCCAUAAUGCUGGGAGUUGUUAUCACGGGGAUAUCUCCUUUGCUCUUCGAUGACUAUGCUGGACAGAUUGGGUAUACACUGCUGUUUGGCUUCUACAGCGGCUUCUGGACCACGUUCCUGUCGCAAGCGUCGCGGGAGCUCCUGGGCCCUGAGUAUAUCGCCAUGGGCAACGGUUAUCUCUCCUUUAUGAUUGCUCUUGGGGCACUAACAGGAGGACCCCUUACCGGUUUACUGUUGAAGGAGAAGGGAGACUUCAAGUAUGCCUUCUAUUUGGCCGGGGCAUGUCUGCUGUGGAGCUCGGUGGUCAUGGUUCUCUUCAAGCUCAAGCGCUGCUCGGCGCGCCUGGAGGCCGACAGCGAGAAAGCAGACGACAUCGACUCCCUGAAGGGGACCAAGGUCAAGGAGCACCGGAUGCCGCUGAUCCUGGAGGACGUGGUCACCAUGCGGGAGGGCAAGGUUCCCAUCGCGGGCGCCGGAGACAUUGUGGUGGAUAACGUGAUCACAUGCGUCUGAUUCCCCGAUUCCCAAAUUCAGGCCGUAGGUAGACUGUGAUCCCCAGUGCUUUCUCUGAAACGUCGGACCUUUGACCCCUGUGCAUUUCGGCAGCUGUAAAAAGUUGACACCCUAUCCUCCCCCACCCACAUCCCCCCCCCACUCCUUUCCACCUUUUUACCUGUGUCAAAUGGCCAGUGACCUUCUUCACUCAUCAUAGAAUGUCCUAUUGUCGCACGAAACGUGGCUUUAUGUCAGCAUCCUUCUUGAUGAAGAACAGAUGGCCAGGUACGUUCUUCUCCUGGAUAUCGUGUCGUCUUCUGUCCCGACUGAUACCAUUCGCCGUACAGUUUUGUCAGUGACAGAUGGUGUGUGACCCUGUGUCGUCUCAUUAUUUCUCGAGUUUCUGUGUGCUCUUAUUUCCUGGACAUGUCAGUGAUAUGAUACAAAUGUGAUGUGGGACGAGCCAGACUUCAAUUUCACUUUUGGACAAGACAAGCUUGGCUGGGAAGGAGACAAGAGAAGAAGUUUGUGCGUGCCCGAGAAACUAAAAAUGGCAUCCUUACUCUUCAACUGAUUUUUGUGAAUUGAUCAAUUUUGUCUCAGUGUGGUGGAAUCAGGCGUUCGUCAGUUUUCGGGCAUAUGGAGUUAUUGAUAUCAAGUUACUGCUUG